AUGCCUUCGCCACGUGGUCUUCAAUCCGCUACUGGCGCUGACGGCGAGAUCUUGGUCGCAAUUGAUUUGGGAACGACAUUUUCUGGGGUGGCAUGGACUCAUACAGCACGGCCAGGAACCCACACCGUCAUUGACCAAUGGCCAGACGAGCACGACUCUUUGGACGGUAUAACAAGCGCUAAGGUACCAACAGAGAUCUGCUAUGAUGAAGAUGGCAUCAGAUGGGGCUUCCAGAUUCCAGCAUCCCGAAGUCGCUAUUAA